AUGGAGUCAGCUUCCCAAAUCUUUGGAGAAGAAUGUCGCAGCAGUGAAUCUGGGUGGACAAUGUAUAUUGGCUCCCCUAUAAAUGGUGAUUAUCAUCAUGACCAGGAAGAUGACGACGACGAUGACGGAGACUAUGAAGAUGAUGGUGAUCGCCAUGACGGUGGGGAGGAUGAUGAUGAUCUUGGUGACCGUGAAGAGGCCGACAGUGAUGAUUCCAUGGCUUCUGAUGCUUCUUCAGGUCCAAGUGCCUAUCCAUUUGUUAACACAGAUGUUAUGGGUACCAGUCGACGAAAGUUUAAUGAAAGUAGCAGACGGUGCCGUUUUGAGAAAAUCGAAUCCGGGAAGAUGGAGAAGAAGCAGAACGGUGGUGGAAGGAGGAUGAAGGAGGAAGAGGUGGUGGUGUUCGUGGCGACGACGGAUGCUUGUGGUCCUGCUCAUAGUACUGCUUCCAAAACCAUCUGGACAAGCAAGAGUAAGUAG